AUUAAGUCUUACCAAAAAGGAAGUUUCUCUCUCUCUUUUUUUUCUCAACACACACACUCACAGCAAAAAGAAAAAGAGAAGAAGCAAAUAGCAAUGGAGUUUCUCUUUCUCUCACCACAACACAACACCAAAAAUGGAGAUUAACAAAAUCCCACAUUAUUAUUAUUUGCAAGAAUAAUGGGGAAAGUAGAAGAAGAGAAUCAAUUACCAGUAUCAAGAGUAGGUGGAAAUAACAACAGGGAGCAAAAUGUAGAGAAUAGUAAUAAUAGUUGUGGGAGAUUAAGUAAAUGGGUUAAGUUAAGAUGUGUAUUAGCUUUGUUGUUUGGUGGAGCUGUAUUGUUGAGUGCUGUUUUCUUGUUGCCUAUUUUUCAUAAUGGAGAUCUUGGGGAUCUAGAUCUAGACCCUAAAUUUAGAGGUCAUGACAUAGUAGCCAGUUUCAUGCUUGAGAAGCCAGCUUCUUUGGUUGAGGAAUAUACCGUGCAACUUGAGGAUGAUAUUUUUGAUGAAAUAAGUGUUUCCAACACCAAAGUGGAAAUAAUAUCAUUAGAAAAUAUAGCUGGAUCAAACAUAACAAAGGUUGUCUUCGGAGUUGAUUCUGAUACUAAAAAUACGAGGAUCUCUCCAACUGCUCUGAGUUUAGUCAGAUCCGAUCUUGAAAAUGUAAUUAUUCACCAGCCAUUUCUGCGCCUGACGCUAUCUUUGUUUGGGGAUCCUUUUUCUUUCGAUGUGCUGAAACUCAGAGGAGGGAUUACAGUGAUCCCUAAACAAAGUGUAUUCCUUAUGCAAAAUGUGCAGAUCCAAUUCAACUUCACAUUGAACUUCUCUAUUGAUGAAAUUCAAGAUAAAUUUGAUGAACUGACAAGCCAGCUGAAAUCAGGGGUACAUCUUGCAUCAUACGAGAACUUAUACAUCAAGUUGACUAAUGCAAGGGGGUCGACCGUGGAUCCUCCCACUAUUAUUCAGUGUCAAGUUUAUCCACAAGUUGGGAUUCCUUCCAAUUCUAGGUUGAAGCAGUUGGCUCAGACCAUUGGUUCUAAUUCUAAAAACCUCGGCCUGAAUAACACCGUAUUUGGGAGGGUUAAACAAGUUAGCCUGUCUUCUACUUUACAACAUUCUCUCGGUGGUAAUGGCGGUAGUCCUUCACCUUCUCCAUCCCCUCAACCUCACCACCACCAUCACCACCAUAGCCACCACCAUCACCAAGGUUCAAACGUUGCUCCUGCAAUUUCACCUGCUCCGAGGGCUGAGAAAGGUGGAUCAGUUAGUGGGAAAGUUUCACCAGCAUCUGCACCCGUGCCAGCAUCUGCACCAGUUCUUGCACCUGCCCCUGGACGUACAACUCACAAACGUCACAAGGCCCAACCUCCUUGUCAUUUUGGGAGAUACCCAAGGAAGGCAAAUACUCAUCCUCCUGUGCCUGCGCCUGCGCCUGCGCCACCUGUUCGAGCACCAGUCCCUGUACCUCACAUUGCUCCGUCUCCACAAAAACACACACAUCCUCCUACUCCUAACCCUCAUAAAAUCCCUGUGUCAUCAAGCCCAUUGCCCUCUGUAGUGUAUUCUCAUGCUCAGCCUCCUCCAAGGACACCUUCAGUUGCUGAGACCCCGCAUCGAACACCUUCAGUUUCAAACUUGAUAUCAUCUUCAUCUUCAACAGGGAUCGUUUCUUCAAACUUGUGGGCGCUCCCGCUGUUUCUACUUCUUGUACUACGUUUAUAGCAGCAGAAUGCAGGAUUUCCCCCCUCUGGCCACUGAUAUCUGCCUCUUGUAUGAAAACGAGUUCCACGUAUCUUUUCUUCCACGCCGAGGGAAAACUAAAUUGAGGAGCUUUACGAAGAGGGAACAAUGCCAAAAGGGCAUCCCUCGCACCCAAAUGAAUAUAUGUGGUUGUUUGUGCUUGUAAAUACUGUAUCGAAGAUUCAGUACCCCGAUGCAUUUUCAGAGGUUUAAGUCACAGAGGUGACAGGCCUGUAAUGACAUGCAUUACCGCUGUUAUGUAUGAUACCUCUUGCAUAAGUGCAAAGAGGUUUAAGAAAAGCAGCCAACAAAUGUAUAACAAUGCAUUUUUGUUUCUAAUA